CGCGCAUGCGCGGAACAAAUCGUGUUUCCGGGACGGAUCGGGUAGCCACACGCACUGUUACCAAAAUUAUUACGCUCGGGAUAUUUUCCAAACUAUGAACAUAUACUUUUGUGGAAGUAUCCGUGGUGGGAGACAGGAUGUGAAUAUUUACCAGAGAAUAGUCAAGCAGUUACAGAAGUAUGGCAAAGUUUUAACAGAGCACGUCAGCUAUGAUAGUUUGUCUGAUAAAGGUGAGGACGCGGUGCUAAAUGGAGACAAAGCCAUUCAUGAUCGGGAUAUGAAGUGGCUUAUGAUGUCUGAUGUGAUAGUGGCUGAGGUGACUCAACCAUCUUUAGGAGAGGGUUAUGAACUUGGCCGCGCUAUGGCCAUGAAAAAGAGGGUUCUCUGCCUCUUCAGACCUUCUUCUGGAAAAGUCUUGUCUGCCAUGAUAAGACGAGCAUCAUCAGACCCACUCUUCCAAACGCAGGACUACACAGAAGAUGAUGUUGAGAGCAUCUUGGAGAAAUACUUUGAUAGUCUCAAUAAAAACUGAUGAGCACAUUGCACUGUAUCAUUUAUAGAUCAGCAUGACUAUGAAUGUUAUGAUUCCACGUAAAGGUUCCUUCGUGGUUUUUUUUUCUACGGCAUCUUAACAUAAAAAUGAUGUAAAUGAGUGUUUUUAUACAGUAUAUAAAUGAAUAAAUCAGCCAUGUGCGUCACAGAAUGAACCAAUCAGCUGGGCCUGGGGUUGUGCGUUCAGGUUUUUGUAAUAUCACAGGAACACUCAAACUGAAGAAAAGCGUUUAUUUUGUGAGCUUCCUUAAGUUGAACCAAGAAAACAUUUCAGAAGAUGGACUGUAUAUGAAUAUAUAGGUUUAUCUCAUUUCAAAACUGGAUUUGGGAAGAUCAUUUAUAUCCCCAGCUAUACAAGUGAAAAUUGAUGACAAAAAAAGAACAAACCUUAAGGUGUUUUGCUUAGCAAAUAAUGCAACUAGCUACAAUACUUUUAGAUAUUUAUUGCCAUUACAUCUUAAAGAGGCAGGCUAAACCGAAACCUUUGAGUUUGCAUGUUCUGGUGAAUGAAACACCGUCACGGACCGCUGUCUGAGAAAUCCUGCAGUCCUUUAUCUCUUUUCUCAACUUUUGCAAACAUUUCUCAUUUCAAUGCUUGUAUUUGUUGAAAUGAAACAUAUGCGGUAUGUGAAGGCAUUUAAAGGAAUUUAAAAUGGAAUAAAGGCCAGCAGUA